GCGGAGGCUCUUCCUUUCCAGACUGGACUUGGCUGAAGUGUCACCAGGACGACACACAGACACACUUUAGAAGUUUCUGUCCUGCUGGUCUCCCGGUCCAGACAUGGCCCCGAGCACGCAGCUGAAGGAGGCGAUAGCCGAUGUGCAGGAGGGGAUCCGUGCCAUCCUGCUCGGACCGCCCGGAGCCGGGAAGGGGACUCAGGCCCCUCGGCUGGCAGAGCGGUACUGUGUUUGCCACCUGGCCACCGGAGACAUGCUGAGGGCCAUGGUGGCUUCGGGCUCGGAGCUCGGCAAGAGGCUCAAGGAGACCAUGGACUCCGGCAAGCUGGUCAGUGACGAGAUGGUGGUGGAGCUCAUAGAGAAGAACCUGGACACGCCGCCCUGCAGGAACGGCUUCCUGUUGGACGGAUUCCCCCGCACAGUCAAACAAGCAGAGAUGCUGGACGACUUGUUGGACAAGAGACACGAGGAGCUGGACUCUGUGAUCGAGUUUGCCGUUGAUGACUCUCUGUUGGUCCGCAGGAUCUGUGGCAGACUAAUUCAUCAGCCAAGUGGCCGCUCCUACCACGAGGAGUUCAACCCCCCCAAAGAGCCCAUGAAGGAUGACCUGACAGGCGAGCCGCUCAUCCGCCGCAGCGACGACAACGAGACGACGCUGCACUCCCGUCUGGAGGCCUACCACCGGCAGACGGCCCCUCUGGUGAAGUACUACAGUGCCAGGGGCCUGCACAUGGCCGUCAACGCCUCCCUGAGCCCAAACGUUGUCUUCGCCUCCAUCGUCGCUGCCUUCUCCGCUGCCACGGAAAUCCCCGCCCGUGCCGUCGCCUCUGGUUGAAUGCUGAGCUGCUACAUUCCCACCGAGGCCAAGGAUUGGAUUUGGCAAAAGAUCUCGGGUGGGUGGACAAACGAGGGGGAGCGUGGGGGGUCAGAAAAUAGAGGAAAUCCUUAGACUUUUUAUAAGUUAAGGUUAAUGUUGCGAUGCUGUGGGGCUCGUAGUUGUCAUAUUCCUUAUGUUUCCCCUUCUAAUAAAUAUCAUGCUUUCCUACAAUCAUCA